GCUGAAGCCGCCCAACCUGUUCUCCUGGUUGCUUUCGAGCUGCUCGGCAUUUAACUGGCAGAUCCGUGCCAUGCUCGUGACAGAGCGGAGUGACACGCUGAAGAGGAGACUUCUUUCCUCCCCGGGCGUCCAGGCGUGUUUGGAAGCAGGACACGGAGGUGACCUUGUGUCCUCGCCUUCACUUUGAGGAAUUCAAGAAAACGCCAGCUUGGCUUCGUGCAGCGCUGGCCCGCAUGAUGUGUGUCUUGCAGAGGAAAUCAUGAAUUCAGCAACUUCCGUGACGUUAAAAAGAAAAGUGAACAUAAAGAUACGUGCGCAGAAGCGCUUCCAUGACAUGUGGAUCUAAACACCCCUGAGAUAUGACGAGCGAGUACAGCAUGAGCAGUUUUUCUGAAGGCCUGGUCCUGGAUGGCUCAGAGAGAGGCGUGGCCAUGAAGGGGAUGCCGGACGGUGUUGGAAACGGCGUCUUGCAGACAGGGGGCGACAUCGUAGCAGCCACGAUACGCCUCGAUCAUCUGGACAAGAAGGAAGUGCUGAACAUCCUGAAGGUGCUGCAGCCGUACGAUAACAACCUGAAGGUGGUGACAAAGAAUGAAGCAAAUGCCAACGCCGACAUCGGCUCCCUGGGACUAAACCUUCAAGACUCAGCUGAGGUGCUUAGUGGGAACUUGAUCAAGAAGGCGGAUCUGGAUGGAGCAGCUGAGAAACCCAUCCUUUCUCUUGAUAGCUUCACAGGAAAGCUCAAUGAAGCUCAGGGCUUGGGGGGUGAAUUAAAUGGGUCGGUGUUCAAUGAUCUUCACAAUGUCAAUCUGCGUAAACCGUCAGCUGAUGCCGGGGCAGAGUUGACGUUACCUUGUGUUGCAAAGGCCGGACCAGAUCUAAAUGGCACCCUCGGAUUACCAGCUGUCAAUCUGGCAAGUCCGCACCUCAACAGCCACAAUGCCUCUCUUGAUAUUGACGAGUCCACUGUGAAGACAGGUAACCUGAAGUACAAGGCCCCACAAUUCACAAUGCCAAGAUUUGAUCUACCUCAGGUCCCAACCCCAGAUGUAGAUGGUGAACUAGACCUCCCAUCAGUUCAUAGACAAGCAAUGGACCUCAAUCUAUCUUCACCAAACAUAGAAGUACCAGGUCCAAAUGUGGAUCUGAAUGAACCCAAGCUGGAUUUAAGUGGACCUGAUGUUAACUUACAAACCCCAAAUGCUGACCUCAGUGUGCCUUCAGAUAAAAUCAAGUGGCCCCACCAAAAAUGGAAAGGACCAAAGGUGAAAGGACCAGAGGCCACACUAAACGCUGGCCUGCAUACACCAAAAAUUGAUGGUUAUCUAAGCACACCAGACAUCCACUUGCCCCAGGGUGAGAUCAAAGGCCCUGAUGUAGAUGUUCAAGCCCCAAACCUGGACUUGGGUGCCCAAUCUGGAAAAAUCAAUUGGCCACAUUUGAAGUGGAAGAAGCCCAAACUUCCUGCUCCAAAAACUGAUCUUGAGUGCGAUGCAGACCUUGGUGUCUCUGUCCUGAGAGUAGAGGGUGGGCUCAGCGCACCAGAUAUUGAUGUUAACUUGCCAAAGGGUGACAUUAAAGGCCCUGAUUUAGACAUACAACCCCCACCCCAUUUAGACUCACCUGGUAAAAUCAACUGGCCCCACCUGAAAUGGAAGAAACCAAAAGUGAAGGGUCCAAAGGCAGACUUGGACAUAGACGCAGGCCUGAAUACACCUCAUUUCUCGACUCCAAGUCUUGAGAAUGACAUUAAUGCUCAGCUGGAACUCCCAACAGCUGACAUUAAAGGUCCCAAUUUAAAUGGUGAGACCCCAAAUCUUGACAUUGAGGCGCCAUCUGGAGGAAUUGCCUGGCCUCACUGGAAGUUGAAGAAACCCAAAAUACCCGACCCUAAAGUUGAUAUGGACCUCAAAACAGAUCUGAACACCCCGGAUAUUGAUGUGUCUGGUCCAAGUAUCGAGGGUGGCAUGAAUACACCAAACCUCAACUUACCAGAUGUUGAUGUUAAAACGCCAGAUGUUGACAUCGGGGCUCCUUCUGGCAAAGUCAAGUUCCCAACACUGAAAAAGCCAAAGUUUCUGUUUUCUGCACCCAAGGUGAAAACCCCAAGUGUGGACCUUGAUACUGACGUGAAAACCCCUGACCUCAGCCUUUCUGCUCCACAGGUAGAACUUAAUAGACCUGAUCUGAAUUUAUCGAAAGCUGAUGCCAGUGCUAAAGCUCCUGAUGGAGAUGCAGCCGGAAAGAUCAAAUGGCCCACCCUCAAAAAACCAAGGUGGUCAGUCUCGGGUCCAAAGGUGAACGGGCCAGAUAUUGAUACUCACGUUUCAACACCUGACCUGAAUCUCACAGGCCCAAAGAUUGAUGGUGAGGUAAAUGCACCGGAUGUAAAAUUGGAUGGACCAAAGUUAGACAUUGAUGGCGAUGCUCCGUCUGGAAUAUUCAGAUGGCUCAAGAAGCCCAAGUUUGGCACACUGAAAGGCGUAACACCUGAUAUUGAUGCUGACGUCAAGGGGCCAAUGGUGGAUUUAAACGCACCAGAUGUGGAUCUUUCAACACCAAAUAUUGAUGCCCCAGACCUCAAUGUUGAUCUCAAAAGUCCUAAUGUAGACCUUCACGGCCCCGAUCUCAACUUUGACCCGACUGAUGCUAAAGUAAAGUUACCAAAAUUGAAAGUCCCAAAGUGGCCGAAAGUCAAGGGCCCUCAAGUGGGUACCAGUAUAGAUAUUGAUGCACCUGAUGUAGAUCUAGAAGCCCCUGAUCUACGAUCUAGUCUCGAUACACCCGAUGUUGACCUCAGUUUACCUAAAGCGGGUCUCCAGGGUCCAGAGCUUGAUGUUUCACCUAGGAAACCUAAAUUUCCCAAGAUACAUUUGCCAACCUUUUCAGGGCCAAAGGUAGAAAAGCCUAAUCUUGACGUUGAUGCCGAUUUCAAGGCACCCGGUGUGGAUUUGAGUCCACCACAUGUUGGUCUUUCAACACCAAAAAUUGAAGCUCCAGACCUCAAUGCUGAUCUGAAAAGUCCAAACGUAGAUCUUCACGCUCCCGAUCUGAAAUUGCCAACAUUUUCAGGGCCAAAAAUAGAAAAGCCUAAUCUUGAUGUUGAUGCCGAUCUGAAGGUGCCAAGUGUGGAUUUGAGUGCACCGCAUGUGGGUCUCUUGCCCACUGCAGAGCUUAAAGGCCCGGCCGCACAGUUAAAAACACCAGACCUAGACUUUGAUUCCCGGCAGGCCAACUUUAUGUUGCCUCAUUACAAUCUUCCAAAACUUGAUCUUUCAAGUUCUGAAGAAGUUCCCAGUGUUCAUCCGUCAAUUCAGGCUGGACUGGAGGCACCCCAGGUCAACAUAGGUACUCCUCAAGCAGAUGCAAACAUCUCUGCUCCUGCUGCAGGUGUGAGUGGGCCAAUGUUAAAGGGUAACCUCAAAGGAGCACAUGUCGAUAUGGCAGGUCUGAAAGUAGACACCGAUCUGGAAAAGCCUAAACUGCCACAUUUCAAGCUUCCAAAAAUGAGUUUUUCUGGAUCAAAAACUAAAACUCUGGAGCUUGAUACCACUCCAAAACUGUCUCCUGUCGCUGUCUCAGCUCCGGAAAUAAACACCAACACACCUGAAGUAGCCAUCAGAGCAGGGGGUGACGUUUCCCCAAAAAGUAAACUGAAGUGGCCGUUUAAAUGGGGAUUUAAGUCCAGCUCAGACACCGAUGACGAGGGAGGUAGCACUGAAGUGGACGCGCCCAUAUUCAGACUACACAACCUGCCCAGAAACUGCAUUGAGCAAAAAGCAGGACUUCCUGAUACCUUUUGCCUAUCCAAACUGGACAGCGAGGAAAAGGAUUAUGUCGUCAGCAAAGGAAUCCGCUUGCCAGUCGUGAACGUGCCAUCCAGAAACGGAGUAAAGAUUGACAUCAUGGAGAGGCUAAAAAUGGCAAAGGAAAAAGUGCCCUCCAGUAACACCUCGCCUACAGAAGAGAAGAACAUCGCGAUGAAGACUCCUGAUGCCAGCGCCUCCGGAGAGGCAGGGGAAGCCAAUUUAUUCCGAGGAGGGACUUUCAAAGUGGACAAGCCGGCGUCUCCGCUGGGUUUGUUUGCUCCUGAGGUUGCUUCAUCAGAUGAAAACGAGAAGUUAUCAUUAGGCCUCUCCAACAUGCUGGGCCUGAACGUCAAGGACGUCGAAUGCUAGGCUGAACAAAGCUUGGAGCAGUUUUCUGCCAAAUGAAGAGAGUUGUGUCAGGAAACGAUGUGUAUAUUCCCGUUAUUUAUAUAUGCUUUUUUUUUCUAAUUUGCAAAUAUACUUUUCCUGUUUUUUUUGCAGCACAUAUUUGAUGACACUUCACAAAAGUAGCUUUACCUUUCAAGUAAAUUGUGAGUGAAUGAGAUUUUAAUCUUUUGUUCAAUAAACAUCUGUUUACGACA